AUGCAGCGCCCGCAGGACUUCGGACGACAGCCGGGCUGUCAAGUCCGGGGGCUCACAGGGGCCCGGACACCACAUAUGCUCUCCCCCUCCGUAACCGAACUCUCUCGCGGCGCGGCCGCCAGACAUUUGGAGCGAGUUCGGGGGUCACCUUCAGAAAGUCGCAGAAAUUGGAAGGGGGGCGAGAGGAGGACACACCCCCUUACUCGGAACGACUUCGAAGACUUUGAAUCUCCCCUCCCCCACUUUUCCGCUCCGGCUCUUCUUUUGUUGUCAAUCCUUUUGAUAAAUGGCGGGGCAGGGAGCGCUGGGAGCCAGGAGCCAGUCUGUACCCGCGCGAGGGGCGGAGGCCGGGCCUGGACACCAGCUUCCACCCGCGUUCCCCAGGCGCAGAGACCCGUGCGCUCGGGGGUAGGGUUUCGGACCUGCCCUCGGCAUGCUCGCCCUCUCCUCUUUAACCACCCCCUCUCCCCCAUUUUUAUCUCUGUCUCCUCCGCACAGGUACCGAGAACUUUCCGGGGAGCGGAGAGAGAAAAGAUCACGCGGAGGCUGCUGGAUCCAGGCCUGACCCUCCGGACUGGAAGCGGGGACCAGAUUCAGAGGGCUGAUAGGCCCAAAUGGCCACUGCCCGAGCUGGGUGAAACCAGGAUUGAGAGGUGGUUGAAGUAUUUGAAGGAGAAGGGAUCCCUGUGGGACCCCAGGCCCUGCUGCCCUAAAUGCCAGUUCAAAGCCCAAGGAAGCCUCUGUCAGCAUGCUUGUAUCCCGGAGAACCCCCGUCUCCACCAAGAAUCGACGGGAUUUCUCUGGCUGCGGCUUGCACUGCCUCUAUCCGAAUAAAUCCAGAUCGCAGGCAAUGGCAGGGAAGGAACGGCUCCCGGUUCUCACGCAGACGAGUUGGCCCAGAGAGGGACACAAGGUAGCUCCUAGUGCUCGUGAGGCAGCGGAUCUGGCCCCCGAAAGAGGCUGGACUAUCAACCUCCUUGGGCCCCGUGGCCCCGUGCUGCCCCUCAGUGCCUGGCAGUCCUCAAAUUUGCCGGGGUUUCGGGAACCCUCCGGGCCAAGCCCGCCCUCGGCGAAAACUGAAAGCAGAUCCCACGGCAAAUGAAGCCCGAACUUUCUUCAACUCAAGUUUGCAGCAGAGAUUAGGUGGAGGCUUUGGAAGGACCGAAGGAAAGAGAGGUGGGGCUGUAGGUAGAAGAGGGCGUGCGACACGGAGCAGGGCAGGAGGUGCAACGCUAGGGGAGGUGCCUCCUCUGCCUUCUUUCUCGCCAACUUCUUGGCCUGGUAGGUAAGGCUAGUCUCCAAGGUGCCACGAACGCCUAGGGUGUGUUUGUGGGGAUUGCACCAGGGAGGAGGUGGCUUUGUAAAAGUUGCAAAAGAGCUUUGCCGAGAAGUGUCCGUCUAGCAGGGCACAAGAAAGCCUGGGACCAGUUCGCCUUCCCCGUGGCAGACUGAUCAGAACUCCACCUCUGUGGAGCCCCCUGACCAGUGCACUCCCCUCAUCUCCAAACUGCGUGUAAAUAACCUCCCGCUGCCUGCACUGCAAACUUCCCCGCUCCGCGGCGCCGCAGUUGGCGGGCGAGGCCGGACUCAGAGCGGGCCCUCCAGGCUGCCGGCGGGCAGCUCAGCGCCAGCUCAAAAAAAACAACAAAAAAACGGGCUUGCCCGGGGGCGAAAAGGACUAGUGUCGUUCCCCUUCCCACGGGCUGCCCAGACCACCACCGCCUACCUCCCAACUCCCCCCAGCCACAGCUUCCUCCUGGGAGCCGCAGUCUCGAGGGCCUGGCUGGGGCGCAAAGUGCGUGCGCGGGCCGGCAAGGGGGGUGAGUGGCUGCCCGUCUCUCCGCGGGGCCUGUCGCCGGGCCGGCCUCGGCGGGUGAGUGAUGAGGGCAGAGAAGGGCGCCCAUAAAUCGCGGGUGUCAGGGCGAAAAACUCUCUUUAUUGUCUGCGUGAUGGAUGGGCCCAGGGACGAGACACCAAAUACUUCGUAUCGCCUUUAAAUGGGAACACAUUUUCCGCGGCCAUAAUUCAUGUUUUUUAAAUAGAAAGUUUGAAAUGUUGCCUAUAUUUCACCGGCCCUGACAUAUUUAUGAAUCGCUCCCUGCAUGCAAAUAUCAUUAUUUAAAGCGCCGGGGAGAGCUCGGGGGAGGGGAGGAGGAGCGGCCCCCGGGGUGUGGGGGUGGUGAACCAGAGAAAUGCGGCUGGAGGUGGGGGGGGGGGGGCGUCUCCCUAAAGUGAGGACAAUGAGGCAAGGCGGGGGACGCCUUGUCCGGAAGCCAAGCGCACCCGGGCUCCCGGCCCGCGCGGGCGCCGCACUGCCAGCUGCUCCGGGAAGUUUGCGCGGCUUGGGCCGGAGGACUGCUUUCGCCUCCCGCCGGGAGACCAGGGGGCACACUGCGUCCUUUUCCCAGGCCCUGAUCCAAGCCGAAGCCACCUUUUCCAAGAAGGAAGUAAAAAAAUAAAAUAAAACCAAUUUAACAAACGCAAAUAAUAACAA